GUCAUAACAUGCGGAAACUGGUGGCCCAUCCCAACAAUGUAAAGAUCGCUGAUCUAGGCUGACGCUUUGCUGGAAUCCUGCUCGUGAAUAAGAGGAUAGCAAGCUGCUAGCCACUGUUUUCAACAUGGCGGAGACGCACAGCUUGCAGGACAUCAGACAGCAAGCGGCCGUCGCUGCCAAGGUGUUCAUCCAGAGAGACUACACCAAUGGAACUGUGUGCCAAUUCCAAACCAAGUUCCCCUCCGAACUGGAGAGCAGGAUUGACAAGCAGCAGUUUGAAGAGACGGUGCGUACCCUGAAUAACCUGUAUGCUGAGGCGGAGAAGCUGGGCGGGCAGUCCUAUCUGGAGGGCUGCAUGGCUUGCCUUACGGCCUACACAAUCUUCCUCUGCAUGGAGACGCACUACGAGAAGGUCCUGAAGAAGAUCAGCAAGUACGUCCAAGAGCAGAACGAUAAGAUCUACGCACCGCGAGGACUACUGCUCACGGAUCCGAUCGAGAGAGGUCUGAGAGUCGUUGAAGUCAUCAUAUUUGAAGACAGAAGCACAGGAUCUGGAAGAUAAAACGCACUGAAGCUCCCUCUGAGAGACAGCGGCAGCCGUUAGACUCUACAUCUUCUGUUUCGAGAAAUGGACCCUCCCGCCAAACUGGUGCCUGAGUCCUGAGCCAGUGUGCCCAGUGCAUCUCAGGCCUGCCCUGCUAAACCCAACCCACUGCGUCUCUACAAUCACCUCUGCCCUCCUGGUUACUGUAUGAAGAUAAUGCACAAUCUCCUCCCGCAUUUUAUUCACCCCCUUUCUUAUUUCACUAUAUUCUUCUGCACUAGGAGGUAAGAAUACUACGUGUUGUAUUUUCUUUUUCUUUUUAUUAAUCUCGAUUCACAUAAUUACACGUACAUUGAGUAUUCACUGUCAAACCUUAAUCAUCAGUAUGUACAUUUGAACCGUGCCAUGUUUUGGUGAUGUUUAUCGUUAGCAUUGUUGUGCUUUCUCUCUGUGUAUAUCUGUGUUUGGAACUGCAAGAUGAGGCUAAGGUGCGCUGGUUUAUGUGCACUUUGGCUUAUGGUGAGGCCAGUUGUGGGGUUAGUGUGUCCUGUAUGAUGGUGCUGUGCAGAGCCCCUGGGUUCAGUGACAGUGUUAAAAUAAUGUCAUUCCCGUAGCCUGUACUGCUGUACUCGUGAUUCCUCUUAUAUUACUAAUAGCAACAGGGUAUUAUCAGGCAGUCAUCCUGCUGUGCAUACAUUUGUUUUCAAAUGUCCUGUGUAUCAUUAUAUUAUUGACAUAGAUGUUUAAAAUUUACAUCUUGGAUUGAACAGUUAAUGACUGACUGAAUAUUCCCUAAUACAACUAAUCUUUUAAAAUGGAUAUUAUAUUGCAGAUAAUAUUGCUCCAAGUUAGACAAGCUGGCUAUUGCAGCUGUACAGUAAGUUAACUAAAUUAAGUUAUUAUUUAUUCCAUAGGCAACUCGGCAAAGCUAAAAGUGGUCAUUCUGUGAAUAAAAAUGACUAAUUCCUAACCAUAACUACCGCAGAAACCUUAAAAGCUGUUUGGCAGUACUGGAAGUGUCUCAAAUCUCUUCUUACUCCAAGAAGCAAAGCCUGUUUUUUAAGCUUUCAAAUGUAAAUUGUUUUCUUAUUGUAGCAUAAUAAAGUGAAUGUCUUUUCUUUAA